AUGGUGAAUAAAGGAACGAGAUCUAGAAACGGCUGUCUGACAUGUAAGAGGAGAAGACGGAAAUGCGAUGAAACAAAACCGUUCUGCAUGAAUUGUCUAAAAUCCGGCCGGAAAUGUGAAGGAUAUAGUCUUCAACUAGUGUUUGAUGUGGAUGAUCCCAGAAACCAGGGUCCGGUGAAUAUUUCGUAUAAUUCGAAAGGUGAGAAGAAGUUUGGAUUUAGAGGUCGGCCUCGGAUGAAGAGGCGGCUUUCUAAGGUGGACAAGGAUAAGAAGAAGAGCAUCACAAAAAAGUCAAGAGUGCAACCUGAGAAGAAAACAAGCCCAGAUGUGGGAGCUGAAACACAAAUGGCAGGAUUAAGCACAGACUUCAUGAGUGCAUUUCGAAGCUAUGGAGCAGACCAGUUGGAGCAAGAGAGCAGCACAGAUCAGAGUUCAGAUAAAAGCAGCGAUGUGGACAUUGCCGACCCGUUUCAGUUUGAGGAUGCUUUGUAUGACGGACUGGACUAUCUACUGGAUAACAACUUCAACGAGUUGCGACCGAGGGAAAUUGCUCUAUCACCAUUUAAGUCGAAAGCAAAGCUGCCCAGUCGGAAUUUGAACGAGGAGAUAGGGUCAUUUUCGGCGGUCCAGGACCAAUCAGAGGAUAAGCAGGCGGAAAAGAUGCAAACACUUGCUUUAAAGCCAGACCCAGACCUAUUUGCUGCAGAUAGCAGCGAGGAGAAGAUGUUGGAAUUCCAGAGAUCAUCGCCCCAGGAUGAAGUGCUAAUGCGGCACUUCUUCGAGAAGGUGAUCUAUCUUUUGGAUGCACAUCCACACAAUCCUUGGCCCGAGAUGAUGAUCCGGUUUUGCGGAUACGAGUUGGCGAGAUCGUGCUUUCUAUCGUUAAGCUCAAUUCACAUGUAUGUGGACAGCCGAGGGGACAAGUUCUACCAGAAAGGGGUGCAGCACAUUGACACGACCAUGAAGUAUUUGAUGAAAUACGUAAAAUCGAAGGACGAUACUUUGUCAAGCGGCCAGAGACAGGCACACUGGGCCAGAAACUUGUAUGGCACUCCGGAAGAGGAAAUGUCCCAGAGUACCUACGAGGCCACAUGCAUAGUGGGGAGGGUGAUGAAGAACUUGAAGAAGGAGACACGCAAAAGAAAGAGAUCGAACUUCUUCGUGAUUCUCUUGCUGCUUUACGUCCACAUCUUGUUUGCGAUUCUUGAGUCCGGCAGGUCGGCGCUUAGCAGGACCUUCUUCAAGUUGUUUGCUUCGAUUGUUUCCGACAAAGUUUACUGCACUCUGCUCCGGAGGAUCACGCAGUCUCAGACCAUGAUCUGUGUUUUAUCGUGGUUUGACACUGUUUCAGCCUUGGUCAGUCCAGAUUACCGACUCCCGUUCUCAAAACCGGAAUGGUACGGCAGCAAAAACGAACUUGUGUCCACAGCCAAGAUGAACGGCUGCCCCGGAGAGAUAUUCCAGGUGCUCAACAAGAUGUGCUCAUUGCGGCAUGAUGUGGGUGGCUACUGGCAGCAGGGGAAGUCGGAAAUUACGGAAAUAGAGCGCAAUUCCCGGUUUCAGACUAUGGAGAUGGAGAUUCUUCGGUAUCGGGACUAUGUUCCACCCAGUUUGGACGGAUUUGAUGCUCCCUAUGCGGAGAGACUAAAGGGGGCACAAUGCUGGGCAAUCGCCGCUUACAUUUAUCUCAUUGACAUCUGCAGAAUGGGCCAAAACUACACGGAGAAGAUCGAUUGCCUAGUUAGGGAAUUCUUGGCCGUCUAUGACGGAAUGAACUGGGAAGGCCCAACUGUCACGCAGAUGGUUUGGCCGAUCCUUGAGGUGGGUCUGUGGUGCAAGGAGGUGGACGAAAGACGAAAGGUGCUGAAUUACAUGGAGAAGUUGUACAGGACGGUCAACAUGGGGACGAUUAAGACGAUAAUGGAGAUAGUGAAGCAGCAUUGGCGAGAUGGUAGGAGUCUUGACGAUAUUCUUGCCGGCAGGAAGUGGCAGGGUGCGGGAAUUGAUUUUCUUCCGUGCUAG